GCACCACCCAUCGCUUACGACUCGGUCGGCUGAAGUAAAGCACAGACACAUUGUUCGGUUUCUGAAGCCAUGCGUACAGAUUGAAUCGGCACGUUCUAUGUACUUAUCCCGCAGGUCGUUUCGUCCAACUUUUUCGUCCGAGCACACAGUAUUGAUGCUUGAUCUUCGUUAUGAAGCACACCCUUUUUUUUUAUUGAUCUCCAACAACCCAAACACAGCCGCCCGGCCCAUUGAUUUCUUGCGACCUGUUAAUUUUGGUGCAGCGCAAGUGUACUUCACGGAGGAAGUGCCGCGGCUUUGCUAUGAUUCUUCUUCAUACCGUUUCGCGCUAGAGCUUUUUGUUUUCUAUUUUCUAUUACCAACUUCUAGUGCGUUUUCGGUAGUGUAGUGUAGUUAUUUUGUCAUCGAGCCCUAAAAUCAAGUUCAAGAAAAGAAAAAUCUCACGAUUGUUGGGAUUUCUGAAUUAGAGACCUCUUUUUGGUUUAUUUAGUCUUAUCACAAUUAAGGAUUUUACAUCCUCUAAAGUUGACAAUUUUACCACAUAUCGGGAAAUUCGUCUUGUUUUUUCUGCAGAUACUUUGUCUUGCAGGGCAAGCCGAAUGCAUUAGCAAUACUUCACGAUUGAGUCUUUGAGAAGCUUUCGAGUUUAAGGAUACAAGCGCAUGAUUGAAAAAUUGCACUGCUUUCGUUUGGCCUCGUCUUAUCAUGCGUGAAAGAUGAAACCAUCCAAGGACAAAGCGGCAGGUAGGAUAUUAGGAGCGAGAGGGACCUCGGCCUUCCGACAGUUUCUGUUGGUUUUCACCCUGGCUUUUUACUUCAACGUAUCCACCACCACCUACUCAUGCUCGUGCCAAGUGCACGUGACCGGUGGCCCGUCUACGUGUGCUGCGAGCUGCAUGGAAACAGGUCAAGACCAACCGAGUACCCGGCCGAAGCAGUGUACAACGGUGGAGACAACAAGAAGGACAGCGGAGAGUAGAAACAAGCCGGAGUUGCUCCGGGGUUUCGAGAAGGAUGUCAUCGAGAUUCCUGGUCGAAAGGACACAAUGGUUCACAGUACACAGACAAGGGACCACGAUCUUCACAACCGUCGGCCGAUGAAAAUCCUGCACAGUGCGAUAGACAGCAUGGCGAAUUCGUUCAGCCAGAACGUGAACAAACUGAAAAAUUUGACCCGGAGCGUGGAGGUGAACGCUGUCGCGUCGUUCCUGGAAGAGGGAAAAUCGCCACUGGUUUACAACUACCUACCCGGCGAGUUGCAAGCCUACGGGACGACCGGGGACCACGACGAGUGGUCCUCAAAGCCGCCGCCGCCGCUGCUGGCAGCAACGGACUGGGACUUCUUCGACUAUGACUACGGGAGCGAAAACGGCGAGCGGGUCCCGAACAGACCACUAGCCAAUCGACUUCCGCCCCCGGACUCCCAGGAGUUUCCCUGGAUGGUGUCCACGUCGGCGGACAAAGAAAGUUUGAACACGCAGGACUUGCUGCUCCAGGAGGCCAACUGGCGGAAGUGGCUGAUGACUACGCUCACGCACGACCAGCGCGUCGAGUUGAUGUUCCGGAAGCUCGGGAUUGUCUGUGUCACAUGCCUCCUGUGGGCACUGUGCUGCGUCAUGCUGCUCCUCCUGGCCAUAAUCGUCGUUCCCGACUUCGUCUCGCGCCACAAACACCUGCUGUCGACCCAGCACAAGGUCUGGUGUCUCGCGUAGGUAGAAGGAGGGUCGGAGUUGAUGGGAGCCCACGCAGUAUCUUGGUGUGUUUGCGACGUAGCUCAUCAGUUCGCAAAUCGCAGCUCGGAGGAUAUUCUUGUGCUACUAGAGCAUAUAGUAAUCUCCGAAAGUAGUUGCAUAAAGUUGUUUGUUUUCUAUUUCUUGAUCAUGCGCCGGCCUGUAUACACAAAAAAAUUGUUAUUGUUUUUGUUUGUAUACGAUGGCCACCACCCAUCCGUCUUGUACGAUGAGGAUGGACAAAAGUUAACCUUUUACCUAGGCUCUUCAUUGGUUCAGUCGUGGAUUAUUUGCUUUUUCCUCUGUAUUGUUAUCGAUCGCAAUGAAUCGACAACUCAUAUUGCCAUGCUGCACUUUUGGACAGCUGUGAAGAAGCAACCUGAAUAAACCACAACGGAUUUUCGCUUACUUGUUUCUCGCAUUUGUUUUCAU